AUGGUGGACAGACGGACUGGGGGGACGGUGAGGGUGAUGGAAGAAGCAGACCUGAGAGACCGGGUGGGGACAUUGAUGUCCAGCAUGCGCUCGCCGGGGGUCGGGAUGCUGGUCCUGGUUCUGGUCCUGGUCCUGGUCCUGGUCCUGGUCCUGGUCCAGGUCCCGCAGGCUUCAGGAUACAGCCUGGAUGAGGAACACAGUCUGGAGUUCGGCGGACCUCAGGGCUCCAUGUUCGGAUACUCCGUCCUGCUGCACCAACACAGAGAUCACCACUGGUUGGUGGUCGGAGCUCCGGUGGCCAACGUGUCGUCCAGGCCGUCGGUUCGAUCCCCAGGAGCCGUUUUCAGAUGCAACAUCACGGCGGAGGAUCGGAGCUGCAGCCACAUGAACACCGAGGUGUUGAGUUGUGGGAAGACGUGUGAAGCUGAGAGCGAUGACCAGUGGCUCGGCGUCAGUCUGUCCAAACAACCCGGAGGACACGGAGGACACGGAGGACACGGAGGACACGUCAUGGCAUGUGCUCACCGCUGGAAAAACGUCUACUACUCAAGAAAAGACAGUCAGAAAAACAAGCUGCCUAACGGACUGUGUUACCGCUUUAGCAGUGACCUGGAACACUCCAGUCCCAUCAUCCCCUGCUACAGAGACUACCAGACCCGGUUUGGGGAGGAUUACGGGUCAUGCCAGGCAGGAAUGUCCAACGUCCUGACGGAGGAUCUGAUCGUCAUGGGGGCCCCGGGGACGUCCUACUGGACCGGCUCCGUCCUGGUCUACAACGCGACCGGCGGAGUGAUGUCGGUGUACCUGGACGACCAGACCGGAGCCGUCACCUUCGGGAGCUACCUGGGUUACUCGGUGGGAGCCGGUCACUUCCUGGGUCCUGCCAGCGUGGAGGUCGUGGGCGGAGCUCCUCAGUACAACCAGAGGGGGAAGGUCUUCAUCUUCACAGUUGACAACGUCAUGCUGCGUGUGGUUUCCGAGGUGUCUGGAACAGAACUGGGCUCGUACUUCGGCUCCAGCGUGUGCGUGGUGGACCUGAACGCUGACGGCCUGUCGGACCUUCUGGUCGGGGCUCCGAUGGCCACGGGGACGGCCCGGGAGGAGGGCCGGGUCCACGUCUACAUCAACCAGGGCCAGGCCAAGCUGGAGGAGGCAGCGUUCACGCUGAGCGGCUCCAACGCCGUGGCGGCGCGGUUCGGAGAAACCAUGGCCGACCUGGGAGACCUGGACGACGACGGUUACCCAGAGAUCGCCGUCGGGGCCCCCCAGGAGAACGACCUCCGAGGAGCCGUCUACAUCUACAACGGCAGAGCAGACGGAGUUUCAGCGACUCCGUCGCAGAGGAUCAGCGGCUCGUCCCUCGGCCGGGACCUGAGGAUGUUCGGACAGUCUCUGAGCUCCGGCGUGGACGUGGACGCCAACGGCUACCAGGACGUGGCGGUCGGAGCCUUCCUGUCAGACUCCGUCGUGAUUCUCAGGACCCGGCCGGUGAUCCAGCUGAGGGCGACCCUGGCGCUGCCGGACCGGAUCGACCAGAACCAGCUGCUGUGCCGACACCAGCGGACCCCGACCGUCUGCUUCAAUGUCACCGUCUGCUUCAGCGUGACGUCCAGACACUUCAGAGGAGCCAUAGAACUUCAGUAUAACCUGACCUCUGACCUCCUUCACAAACCCAUCUUCCCUCAUCGAUUCUACUUCAGCGGAAACGGGUCGUCCAACAGCACCAGGGGGGUCGUGAAGGCCCGGCCCGGCCGGCUGGUCUGUGCUACACACCUGGCCUAUCAGAGGAAAGACGUGAAGGACGUUUACACUCCGGUCCAGUUUGAGGUUUCCUACGGACUCAGAGACAGAAAGACCAGCAGACUCUCCUCCGAAACCUUCCCUCCGCUGAAGCCCAUCCUGCAGCAGAGCCACGCGCAGCGCAACGCCAUCACGAACCAGACCCAGUUCGCUCGGUCCUGCUCUCAGGUGAACUGCUCAACCGACAUGAAGCUGUCGGGUCAACUGGAGCUGCCGCAGCGGCGGGCCUUCUUCCCUCUGGGCUCGGGUCAGACGAUGACGCUGACGACACUGCUGUCCAACUCCGGGGACGACGCCUUCCUGCCGCGGCUAACGCUAACGCUGCCCAGCUACAUCCACUACAUCAAGGUUCUGCAGAACGACGACCUGGCGGUCAGCUGUGAGGUCACAGAGGAAGACGGCGCUACAGAAGUCAGUGUGGACUGCAGCCUCAGCAGCCUGGUCCUGCCGGCCCAGUCCCAGCUGAACAUCAGUUUCCUGCUGGACGUGAACCGGAACAGCACGCCAGGAGACGCCGUGGUCCACGUCAGCACCGGCAGUGACAUCUUUGAGAAGGAAGAGUAUCUCCAUGACAACGCCGUCAGACUGGUCCUCCCGCUCAGAUACGGCGUUAACGUGAACAUCCACGGGUUCGUGAGUCCGACCUCGUUCGUGUUUGGAGACGAAGACGUGAUUCCUGCUGAGUGCUACCCGGAGAAGUUCAACUACACCUACAAGGUUCUGAACUCGGGUCCCAGCAGGUCCAGAGAAACCGUGGUCGUGGUUUCACUUCCCAAGAUCCUGGCGCCGCAUCGUCACCGCCUGCUGCAGGUGGUGGACUGGAAGGCGUCUCAUGGAGAAUGUCGGAUCAGCGACCGGACGGUUCCGGUUCUGGACGACUGUGUCGUCCCCCAGGCCUCCGUCCUCCAGCAGCUGGUCUUCUUCUUCUCCGAGACCUCCACCCGCAGGAUGUUCUGCGGCCGGCAGGAUGAGCUGUGUGAGCAGCUGGUUUGUCGCCUUGGUAACCUGGAACCAGGAGGAGACGCUUCCAUCCAACUGGAGGUCAAGCUGAACCCGGCGGUGCUGCUGCAGGCUCCGGGUCGUCAUGGAAUCAUGAGGCUGGAGAGCACCGCCGUGAUGUCUCCUCCCUCAGAUCCAAACACCGUCCUGGUGGAGGAGGAGAACGGCUUCACUCAGGUGGACGUGGAGGCCGUUUACACCCAGAAACCCUCCAUGGCCGUGAAGAUCUUCAUCAUCGUGGUCAGUCUGGUGGCCGGACUGCUGAUCCUGGCGGCGCUGAUCUGGUGUCUGUGGAAGGCCGGGUUCUUCAAGAGAACCUACCAGAAGCAGGAGGAGGAGUUUAAGAGAGACAGCUGGGACUACGUUCCCAAAGUGAACAAGAGAGAGAGCAACACCUGACCUGGACCACGCCGUGACCUCUGACCUCAGAGCAGCAGCAUUUAGCUUCAGUCUACUGGCUGAUGCAGCAGAUGGAGGAGGUUGGAGGGAGACGGAGACGGCAGAUGCUCAGCUGAUGGAUGGAUGGAUGGAUGGAUGGAUGGAUGGAUGGAUGGAUGGAUGGAUGGAUGGAUGGAUGGAUGGCUGGAUGGA